AUUGGACGGCAUGUUUUUAUUUUAACUAAAAUAUAGUCAUUUGCGUACUGCAUUUGCGGGAGGAUCGGUUUUUAAAUGAAUGCAUUCGUAUGACAGCACUUGGUUAUGGAUAUGUUAAGGCCGGUUCCGUAGUAAGACUUUCGAGCUGUUGUCAGAUAAACGAUGCAGGUGGUGAAGUCCCAUUUUUGUUAAUGGUGCAUAAUUUUAAUGUUUUGAAUAAUAUGGGGUGCAUAGAAAUUAAAAUAAAUUGUGUUACUUACUGAGGAGAUAAUAAUUCACCAGAAAUUGUGAAAUGCUGGCAUGGUUUACCGAACAAAACAGUGCUAGAAUGUCUACUAUAGAAGUCAAUUUUGUUUAGAAACGUUAUAGGUUGAAUUAGCAAAAUCCACUCAAACUGUUGUGUCGAAAUUAAACGCAAAAGUUCGAUAAUCAACUUUAUUUUGUUAUCCCAAAUAGAUCUGAAUUCGUUUGUGUUGAAAAACUAACCUCUGCAUACGGGAGCAAAGUAACUUAUUUUAAAUUCUAAAUGAAAGUAGUGAAGGAUGCCAGAAUAAGUAGAGAAAAGGAGCUUACAAAAGGAAUUAUUUAGAAUAAAUUCGCAUGAAGGGAUGCACGAUCUUAAUGUUACCCCAACCCAAGGCAUAGUAUUAGUAUUACGAAUUUACAAAUAGGGACACACAAUUCCUAGAUAGGUUUCAACAAACAUCAAUAUUUCACAUUCUUAACCUUUAAACAAAUAAAUGAUUAAAUUCAUCUUAUAUGUAUUGAAUGAUUUAUCAUCAUCUCCUCCGAUCCCCGUCGCGAUGUAUAUGCUAUAAACCUACUAAAUUUUACAAACUUCCAUAACCAUGACCUAUGGUUUUAGUCUAAAUUAGUGAAAAAUGUACUUUAAAAAUUAAAAUAUUAAAUUGGAGUAAGAGACCAACUUAUCGUCAUCAUUGCGUCCUACAUCAAGUCAAUAACUUUAAGCCUCUGUUCGCAUGAACCAAUUUAAUGUUCAUGCGAAUUAGAGAACGAUUAUUUGAAAACGUUGAGCUGUUCGUUUGAGAGGAUUACGAGGGAUAAGCGAAGAUGAAUUUGCAGGAUUCAUGCACUUUUGGUCACCCGCGUAUGGAAGGAGAUUUGCGCGGAUUGUGAGCGAAAUGUCCUGUGUGUCCUUGACCUAUUUCUUAAAAAGUGGUAGGCGUAAUCGGUUACAGGCAUUGGGUAUAUGGUUACAGUGGUGUGAAGGAUUGUGUGCACUUGUGUAAUAGGUUACGUGAAAGUGGUAAUCGGUUACAUACGCCAUGAAAUUGGUUUUUUGGUUACGGGGAGGGGUAUUGGGUUUUUUGGUUACCUAUUACUACAUUAUAAAUUUUAUAAUUUAUAAAUAUUUAUUUUAAAAAUUCUUUAUAUUUUUUUGUCUCUUUAUAAACAUUUUUAUAAUUAAAUAUAACAUUAAUAAAUAACAUUUUAUAUUAUAUUUAUAACUAGGGGCAUUUUGGUAAUCUUUCAUUUUUAACAAUUAAACUAUUUUUUUAAAUCUAUCACAUCAAUCAAAUCCUACACUAAUUCUUACAAACUUUACUUCCAAAUCCACUCUCAAUUACUCACAAAUCCACUCAAAAAAAUAACUACAAAAUUACCCUCAAAUCCACCCAAAUCAUCUCCCCCAAAUCAUCUCUCCCAAUUAACCCCAAAAGAACAAAGCCUAAAGGAGCUAGUUACACAAAUACAAUAACAAAUGUUCUCUAAAAUAAAUUGUAUGAAUUUCAGUCUUUAUUGAACAAAUUAUACUCUGAAUUUUAUUUUUGAAUAAAUUUUAAUGGUAAAAAGGUGUGUUUGUCACACUCCAUUUUUUUUAUACUCAAACCUAUACCGUUUUAAAAUUUCAAAGUUGAAUCUAGUUCGAAAGACGUUGCCUUGACCGCCAAAUAUCCCUACCUCCCGCGCAAUGUCACAUUCUGACGAGCAGCUCUCCUUUCUUCGCUCUCUAAUCCAUGGCAGAAGGUUCUCUUUCUCUUGCUCUCUGUCUGUGUAUCUGUCCAGUCAUCUAACAUUUCAUUUAACUUUUGGCAGUUUCAGCGAUGCAACCAUCAGAUUUCUCGAAUCGCUUUUAGUCUCCAAGGACGUGAAAUCAUUCAUCGAAGUUCGCUCCAGCUUGACGGACUUCCUCAGAUCUGAAUCUCUCUCCGUUAUUCGCUCCAUUGCCUCUAAAACCGUCCACGAGAAGCUUCUCGUUCUCGAAUUCUUCGUCCGCGCUUUCGCUCUCGUCGGAGAUCAACAGAGUUGUUUGGCAUUGAGAUACGAGGCUUUAGUAAUGCGGGAACUCAAGUCCGCUAGUUGUCGGUGGCUGCAAGUUUUGCCUGAGGAAUGGUUAAGAUUUGUGGAGGACGCGGUGCGCAACGGUUUCCACGCCGUUGCAGAGAAGGCAUGUGAAAAUGCUUUGUCGUGCCUUGAGAAUAACGAUGAUCAUAAGCCUGGAGGAGACAUGGUUUCUAAAAACUUGAAGAGUAUUAUCAGUGAGAUUACAAGACUCAGGAAUUGUGCAAUGACUUCGGUUUCUUCACGAUCUGUUCAGGUUCAGACAGCCGAGUACCUAAAAAGGAAAACAACAGAGCAGAAGUCGGACUUACCCAACAAACAAAAACGAUGUCUAGCAAGCACUUCUUUCAGAAAUGGAAUUAAGAGACAGAAUAUACGGAAGUUACAUGAACACCAAAGUCUCCUACUGGUCAGCGAGCAUCCAAAUUUGAGGUCAAAUGAUCAAUUUGACUGACUUCUUUUCAGUGAACUUAUUCAACGCCUAAGCACAUAAAGUUUUUUCAAUUUCAUUCCUUCCAUCUGUUUGUUAAAUCUUGGUUAGUUUCUGGUGAUUUUAGUUUUUACGGGUUGAAAAAGCAAGUCGUUUAACCAUAUAACAAGGUGGUACUACUAUAUAAAUAUAUUAUCAUUUAUGGACCCUUUUAAUUGGAUAUCUAAGUUUCUUUAAACAAAAAAAACA